CACACUUGCUCUCGUUUUCAACAUAAACUUCGCCGUAACUAAGACCUUCCGACUAGUUCAUCCUGGUUCCCCAACGGCCGAACACGCUAUCGGACACUAAGACCAACAGGGCGUUUGCCGAAACAACAAUAAAUAAAUAAGGGUCCCCUAAAGAAGUGCCAAAAUGUCUAAACAAAAUCGCGGUUUCAGUUUCGGGAGCAAAUCUUCCAAGUCGAAUCGCUCCAGCAUUUCUGCCAACAGAGUCGCUCUUGCGGAAAGUCCCGAGGAAAAGCAGAGGCGGAAUUUACAGACCAAGGCUGAUCCGACGCUGGCCAUGAGUGAAUUGCAGCCAAUGGCGGUCGCGCUUGAAAAGUCGAAUCUGGGGAAUUUGCGCGGCAUGGUGCACAAGGAUCAGCAUGGGAAUCUCAUCGCCGACCCUGACCACUCCAAUCCCACUCGUCCUCGGCUCGAACGUCCUCUGGAUACUAUUCGAUCCUUCGAAAUCGCCAUCGAUGGAACCUACGCCAGCAACAACGCCAACGCCAACGCCAACGCCAGCCGACCUACCUCGUUUGUGAGAACUGGCGACGAGCCAUCACCAGGUGAUUUCAGCCGUCGCACGAGUUACUUCGGAGCCAACGCACACCCUUCCCGUCGCGGCAGCUACAAUGACCACAACCAACCCAACAACUACUACCCCUACCACCAGAACACCCAUCCUCCUCGUCCGCGCCAUCCCCGCAUGACCUCCAACCAGUCCUACGGCACCCCGCGCAACGCCUACGCACAGAAUGGCCACCAAAACAGCUACCAGAACGGCCAUCAAAACGGGUCGUACGAUAACAUCACCCCGACGGGCUCAGGAUCCGGGUCAGGAAGCCACUCUGAACCGUACAAUGGUACCGAUCCCAGCUCUGUGAACAGUUCUAUCGACCAGCUCCAGCAGCAGCAACAACAAAUACAGCAACAGCAACAGGGCAAGGGAGGACCUGGGUAUGACCAGCCAAUUGGACAACCAAUGGCACCACCGGCUCCGCGACACGUCUUUGGUUCGGCACCAGCGUCAGAUCCCAGCGCUGGAGGACCGGUUGGUGGUCAGCAAGCUGCGGCUAUGGGUAACCGGCGGCAUCUGCGCAAGGCGACGAAUGACUCGGAAGCCAGUGCGGGCAGCGGUAAGCGCAAGAGCUGGUUUAAGCGGAAAUUCAGCAAGUCUUGAUUUGAUUGUACUGCUAAUCUCAUUCUUGUUUAUGUUUAAUACUCGCGGAUUUAAUAUUUCUUUCUGUCAUGGUUAUGCGUCUGGUAUGGUUAGGAUGGACACGGGAUAUAUGGCUAUUUUAUCACUUAUUGUUAUGCUUACGAGGUUACGAUCGAUAUACGGAUAGUUUAGUUCUGCUUUACUGUUAAUAGCACCGAAUAGUAUAUGUCAUGAGUUUUGCUCGUCAUCACGCAUACUCGUAAUCGUUAACUUGGAAUAAUCGAAGUCUACUUCCCAAACCC